AUCAUUUGAAAGGUAAGUUGUUAACAGUCACAUCAUUAUUUUCUCAUGCAUCAAAGCAGUACAAGUUGAAUUUUACAUUCAGGAUACUGAUUGGCAGAGUUACACACACAAAUUCAUCUAUUCUGACGAUUUUCCUGAGUUACUUAGGCCUUCUCGAGUUUAACUAA